CCCGUCCGUAUUACGCGUCGUGGGGUUUAAGAGGCUCGCCGACGGCACUGUUGCGCCCAUCGCCUUGAAGAGUAGAGAGCGACGCCUCCGACGGCCUCAGAGCUCUCUAUAUAUCCUCCUCCCCGUAUCUCGUCGUCGUCCCGGUCAUCCUCUUCUCCUCAUCUUUCCGUUCUAGGGUUUUGACAUGUGGAGCCGACGAGCGUUCCGUCUCUUCCAACGAAUCCGGUCUGGUGCCCAAUUCGCCACCGCGGACGCUCCAAGGGUCUCCACCGCGGGCUCAUCCAUCUCCUUCUCCGGGUCAAAAAGCUAUGGCCAAUCUAAUUAUGGUUCCACAUGGAGGAAACAUCCUUGGAAUUUCAUGUUGGGGAUUGUACUAUCUGGACCGACUGCAAUUUAUCUCGGUUUCAGCAGGAACCCUGUCUUUGCUCAGGAUGUUUCUGUGGCUGAUUUGGUUACUGAAAAUGAUCAAGCACAGUCUUAUGUUACUGGUUUACGCAGAAUUGAAGAUGGUUCAGUGAUAUCAAAUUCACAUACGUCUAAGUGGAGAAUUUUUACGGAUAAUGGCAGGGAUCUAUUUCUGAAAGGUAAGCUAGAUGAAGCCGAGAAGUACUUCCAGUCAGCUUUACAUGAGGCUAAAGAAGGAUUUGGACCAAGGGAUCCACAUGUUGCAUCAUCAUUUAACAACCUGGCAGAGCUUUACAGGGUAAGAAAAACAUUUGAGAAAGCUGAGCCAUUAUAUUUGGAAGCUAUUAGUAUCUUAGAAGAAUCAUUUGGGGCUGAUGAUAUACGUGUAGGGGCUGCUCUUCACAACCUUGGGCAGUUUUAUCUUGCACAACGGAAACUUGAACAAGCACGGACAUGUUAUGAGCGGGCUUUGAAGAUAAAAGGUCGUGUUCUGGGCCAUGGCCACACAGACUAUGCAAAUACAAUGUAUCAUCUUGGAACGGUGCUGCAUCUACUAGGGAAGGAAAAGGACUCAGUGGACCUUAUACAGGAGUCUAUUAGGAUCCUCGAGGAAAGUGGUCUAGGGGAAUCAACAACAUGUGUACGGAGGAUGAGGUAUCUUUCUCAGAUUUUGCUCAGUUCAAAUCGACUGGCUGAGGCUGAAAGUCUGCAAAGGAAGAUUUUGCACAUCUUGGAACUUUCAAAGGGAUGGGAUUCAUUGGAAACCGUAAUAGCAGCUGAAGGCCUAGCCUUGACUCUACAAUCUAAUGGGAGUUUGCUGGAAGCCCAAGAACUUUUGGAACGAUGUCUGGUUGCUAGAAAAGGGAUUCUUCCCCCAGCUCAUGUUCAGGUGGCUGCAAACAUGGUUCAUUUGGCAAGAAUAGCUAUACUCAACUCUAAGAAACUAUGGAAGAUAAAAAGUUCUAAAGCAAGGAGUGAACUUGAAAGAGCAAAACUUCUUAUAGGCGACUCAAUCAGGAUAGCUAAGGCUGUUUUGGACCAUCCAAGCAAGAACAGAAAUAGCUUUCAAAGUAAUAGUGCACCUACUGAAAUUGAGAAGGAUCAGCAUGUAGCUCUGAUCAUACUGCUGCAAUCUCUGGAUGCUGUUGGCCUUUUGGAAGUUACAAAGCAAGAAUUACUGGAAACAAAGGAGGCAUGCGAAUUUCCAUCAGAGGCUGAACUUGCUCUUCGUGAGUGUGUUUCAAUCUUCAAAGAGUCUCAAACACGGAUGAUGUUGCUGAGUGCUUCAGAUGUCAGGGCAGAGUAUCUUUCAUGCCUGAAGCAUCUCAUGAGUCUCCUUAGUGAAAGUACAGAUGAGUCGAAGUUAAGAGUGCUACAAGAGCUGAAAUAUGAAGUCCAGCAUAUAGAAGCCGAGCUCGCACCAAGGAGGCAAAGAAAGUAAUCCAUUUUACUGAUCUGGCUUGUUAGGAUCUUUUCAGAGUCAGUGUUCAUCAUCCUUAUUCUUCCUUCCUGGAAAUGUAGAUUUUGUAUACUCUUGGUAGUACAAAUUUUUGCCACUUUAAUCAUUUUUUCUUUCAGGUACGAUGCAAAUAAGCUAAUAAGCCAGCUUAGUGGUCGGUAAAUAUGAUAGUUGGACAUUUUUGUCCAAUCAAAUUUAAAAGUAGGCAUUCUCUAAAAACUUCGCCAUCAGGUGGCUGAAGUCAUUUUUCUGUUGCUUUGUUCUUGUUUUCCGUGGGUCUGUGGCUUUAAAUUAAUAACCAGAUGUCCGCUUGCUUUCUGUC